UCCACAGCCAUGGCCGCCCUGCGGAUCCUGCCCUUUCGGCUCCCGAGGGUUGCCCUGGCGUUUUCCCGCCGGCUCUGCAACAGCCCCCCUCGGCGCGCGCCCACGGUGCCCGAGCGCAUCGAAGAGAAGCGUCGGGCUGCGCUGCUCGGCGGCGGCCAGGCGCGCAUAGAUGCACAGCACCGGCGGGGAAAGCUGACAGCCAGGGAGCGUGUUCUUCUUUUACUGGAUCCUGACAGUUUUGUAGAAUAUGACAUGUUUGUGGAACACAGAUGUGCAGAUUUUGGGAUGGAGGCUGAGAAAAACAAGUUCCCUGGCGACAGUGUGGUAACUGGCCAGGGUAGAAUUAAUGGCAGAUUGGCAUAUGUCUUCAGUCAGGACUUUACUGUGUUUGGAGGCAGUUUAUCUGGAGCACAUGCUCAAAAGAUCUGCAAGAUAAUGGAUCAGGCUGCUAUGGUCGGUGCUCCUGUUAUUGGUUUGAACGAUUCAGGAGGGGCCCGGAUCCAGGAAGGAGUAGAGUCCCUGGCUGGUUAUGCUGAUAUAUUUUUGAGAAAUGUACUAUGUUCUGGGGUAAUACCACAGAUUUCUCUUAUCAUGGGCCCUUGCGCAGGAGGGGCUGUCUAUUCUCCUGCUUUAACAGAUUUCACAUUCAUGGUAAAGGACACAUCCUAUCUAUUCAUAACAGGCCCUGAUGUAGUCAAAUCAGUCACCAAUGAAGAUGUUACUCAGGAGCAACUUGGAGGUGCAAAGACCCACACUGCAGUAUCAGGGGUUGCACACUGUGCCUUUGAGAAUGACAUAGAUGCUUUGCUCAAUCUCAGAGAAUUUUUUAAUUACCUACCGCUUAGCAAUAAGGAUCCAGCUCCUGUCAGAGAAUGCCAUGACCCUAGCAACCGGUUGGUCCCUGAGUUGGAUACCAUUGUCCCGAUGGAAUCUACUAAAGCUUAUGACAUGGUGGAUAUUGUGCAUUCGAUAGUUGAUGAGAGAGAAUUCUUUGAGAUCAUGCCCUCCUAUGCCAGAAAUAUCAUUGUUGGAUUUGCCAGAAUGAAUGGAAGAACUGUUGGAAUAGUUGGCAACCAGCCCAAAGUAGCAUCAGGCUGUUUGGACAUAAACUCCUCCGUGAAGGGAGCCCGUUUUGUUCGCUUCUGUGAUGCUUUCAACAUUCCUCUGAUAACUUUUGUAGAUGUACCUGGAUUUUUACCAGGGACAUCUCAGGAAUAUGGUGGGAUUAUACGCCAUGGAGCAAAACUGCUCUUCGCUUUUGCAGAAGCAACUGUGCCAAAAAUCACUAUUAUAACAAGGAAGGCUUAUGGUGGGGCCUAUGAUGUGAUGAGUUCAAAACAUUUAAGAGGAGAUGCUAAUUAUGCAUGGCCAACAGCAGAGGUAGCAGUGAUGGGUGCCAAGGGAGCCGUGCAGAUAAUUUUCAGGGGAAAGGGGGCACAUGCAGAAGCAGAGUAUGUGGAAAAGUUUGCAAAUCCUUUCCCUGCAGCAACCAAAGGGUUUGUUGAUGACAUCAUCCAACCUUCCUCAACUCGACUGCGAAUCUGCCGUGACUUGGAAGUCCUGGCUAGCAAGAGACAAUCCAACCCAUGGAAGAAGCAUGCCAAUAUUCCUCUCUGAAUUUGUUUUAUGGAAAAGGGAUGAUAGGUUGCCAGGAAAGCAGUGGAGCCCAGCUGAAAUCCUGAUUCUGAAUCUUCUGAAGUAUGUGAAAAUUUUUAUGGAUUAUAUUCUAGAAAUGUUGGGAUACUAUGAGAUUGUAGACAAGGAAUCAAUUGUAUAUUUAAGCAAAAGGUCCAACAUAUGGAAGUUGUCACGAUAUCCUGUAACUUGAUCUUUGACAGUCUAAAGACAGAAUAAUCAUACAUAAAUGUAAAGCCAGAAUAUUGCAACAGAAGUCUAAGAGAAUAUGGAAUUAAACUAUUUGGUUUCCUUUAAACAAGAUUGUCUGUGGGGAGAUUAUUUGUGGAUUAGAUUCGGAGGAUGCAAAACAGGAUUUAUCUCCUGCAAGGGGAGAUGGAAAUUGCCCACAUGGUAUUCAUCGCAAGAAAAUAUUACAGGAUUUCAAGGUUUUCUAAUGCAGAUGUUAUUCAGUAUAAAUUUCUUAUGUCAGAUUUUGGUCUCAUCAGCUACCUAACAAGACUAUUCACCUACUGACUUUAUAAGAGAUUGUUUUAGGGCUCUGAAAGGCUUGUGGGAGAAGAUUCUCCUUUGUGCCUAUGCAUAAUACUUCUAACUGAGAAGCCCUUAUGCCAGGUAGAACCACGCAGGCCAAAAGAGGUUCAUUCAUUCUGGCCUGAUAUACCUUGAAAAUAACUAAAUGUUGUAUCUACAGUGGUACCUCGGGUUACAAACGCUUCAGGUUACAAACUUCACUAACCCAGAAAUAGUACCUCUGGUUAAGAACUUAGCUUCAGGAUGAGAACAGAAAUCGUGCUCUGGUGGCACGGCAGCAGCAGGAGGCCCCAUUAGCUAAAGUGGUGCUUCAGGUUAAGAAUAGUUUUAGGUUAAGAAUGGACCUCCAGAACAAAUUAAAUUCUUAACUAGAGGUACCACUGUAUUAGAGCAGGCACCUUUUGCCCAUUUCUACCUUAAAUCCCUUACUUUCAUGGCUAUAAAGCCAAGCAGAGGUCUCAUACCUUUUUAGAAAACAUUUUGGAUGUUUCUAAAAAUAAAAUUGUGUGCUCGGAAUAUAAAUGCGAACCCUAAAUUUGAUUGCUGAAAAGGCGACUGAUUAGUAAACACCAGGUGAUAUCCACUUGAAAUCCAUUUAUUUCAAUAGGGCUAAUUCGAGUAUGACUUAGCAGUCUUGUUUUUAAGGAUGGGUUGCCCUGUCCCGACUAGUAAUAUCCAGGUGUGGUGCUUUUUAAACAAACCUGUCUUGCAAAGCUGCACAUCAGAGAUUAAUUCUGUUCUGAUCCCACUUCAGGAAGCAGGUUGCUUUUACCAGUCAAAUGCUUCAUAUACAAAUGCUUCUAGAUACUUUGUCAUUUCACUCAUGUGGCAUUGCGGCUCAACAUCCCAUAUUCGUUGCUUAAUUGUGGAUGUGGCUUUCUCGUAUCUACAGGUUAUCAGAGUGAACCCUAGACUUCUCAAUUUCUUUUGCAGCAAGGAUUUCCAUUUUGUUUGACUAUUAAAAUCAAGGGUGCCAGACCUACCGGGAAGAAAAUUAGUUUUAGCCAGUAAUGGAUCUUCAGAAUCCAUAUCCAGGACCGAACUGGGAUUUGUCCAAGGGGAAAAGAUAGUCAGAAAACUGGGCUAACAAAUAUUCAAAGCCUUUGACAGAAAAGUAGUAAUAGCAAUAGUUCUAACCCUGUGUUACAUGAAUUGGUUCAGAUGAAGUAGAUAUUUAGCACACACAAUACAAAGACCAUGAAAAGGUAAUUUGAAAAAAAAAAUGGUCACUGUUUAUUAUAUUGGAGUAAUCUGUUCCAAGAUUCUUCUGUAAUUGUUAGUAAAACUACAAUAAAUUUCCAAUACAAACAAUUUAGAGAAGAACUAUACAAACGGGUAUUUAUGUAGCCCUAAGUAUUUACAAGUCCCACCUUUAAGUCCACCUCAUCUCUGCAGAGCUCUUGUAAUUGAGAGGGUGAGUUAAGACAGCAGUUGAAACACAUUUACAAGUGUGUUGGUUGGUAAUGGUUAUUAACCAUAGACAAAACAGGGUUAAAAGAGACUAUGUAAUUGACAUGGUUAGGGACAAGAUAUGCUAGAAACAAGAACAGCAUGGACUCAUAACAAUGUAUUUGAGGUCAGAAAGAAACAAGGUUCAUACGUCAGCAAUAUUAAUAUUCCUGUUUGGUAUGCAGAAGGUGGAUGCAUUCUUCAUCUUGUUCCGAUAACAGAAAGGAUUACCAUUUACGAGCAUUUUAAUGAACACAUUGGGAUAAUUAAUGUGGACAAGACCACCUGCCAGCAUACUUGCACCAUUCAAGAUUAAUUGAACUAAUAAGAGUAGCAGCUAGUGAUGGACAGGACAAUAUCAAAAAGGUAAGAUAAAACUGGCUGAUGCAGCCAGAGAAUACUGUCACAAGUUGUUCCAAAUGACAUCUCCAAAACAACAAACAGGCACCUUACAGCUGAUGUAUUAGUAAUGCCAGGCAAAAACUUCAAGUAUCAAGGUAGCAAAGCACAUGAGCUCUAUUAAGACUAGAGCAUCUUUGUGACUAACUCCUUUAAUCUUAUCCACAUUUUCCUGUCUAUGGUGGGCAGCCCUUUAGGGCAGAGAGAUUUGCAGCAGUAGAGCACCUAAUGUAUGAUACUACUAAAGCUGCAGGCAUGAAAAUUAAAAGUAAUAUUUAAACCUAAGGAUAUUUGUACUUAUUAAGGAACCAAGAAAAGAAAGUUAUGGCUAAAAGUGGGACACUAAGCCACAAAUAUUCCACUGCAUUGCUGUUCCAAUAUUAUCAUUACUCAAGUAUAAAUAUUCAGUCCAGGGUUCAAAAACCCUAUAAAAAUAGCUGUAUAAAAAACUCGCUGUUUUUUAUAUGGUUAUCACAAUUGUACAGAAUUCCAAAGUGUGUUUUAUAAUCUGUGUUUAAGAGACCAAUUAUUGUUGCCAAUGAAUAAAUUGGAUAGGGCCACAAUAGAAAAUUUGUUUACUACUUCUAGAAGUUGAAUAAUUUUUCUCCUUGCUCAGUGUAAAGCUGCUGCAUCCUUUGGGCAGGGAAGUUUCCUUUGUCAGAGGGUGAAUUUAAAGAGUGCAAAGAGAUAACAGUACUUUAUGUAGACCUAUUGAAUCAACUGUGGUUGACAUCAAGUUGCUGUACAAAUGUGUUGCAUGGUUUCUGGACUCUACUGGUAGAAAUAAAUAGCCAAAAAUGCUAAAAUCCAGACACUUAUCUUCUACCCCUGCCCACCCAAGAUAAGACACAGAGGAGCUACAGGAGUUCUGCCAAUAAGAAAUAUAGGAGACCACAUAUCUGGAGAGGUCUUUUUUAAAAAUAAUAAUAAAAAAUAAAUCUUACAUUUAUACUCCACCAAUCUUACAUCAUGGAACCAGAAGCCAUAUAUUUGUCAAAGCCAGUCUACAAUCUAUUGUGUGAUGGUAAGUUGGUCCAUUCUCAGGUGUUUGCCAGGUGUAGAGAAAAGAACAAACUUCACCUCAUCAACUCAGACAAGAAGAAGGCUAUGGAAGCCCAACUCAAGUUUCUGUCCGUUUUCAGCAAAAAACAUUGUCUGAAUUCUGUACUACUUCUUACACUUCAAGUAAGGUGUCACUUACAGGAACUCCUAUUUCAAUGUGCAUCAUAACCACAGAUUUUCCAAGUCAACUUAUUAAAUGCUUACUUUUUGAACUUGUUAUGCUUUUGUAUAAAUAACCACCAAAGUGGUGGCAGGAGAGGCUUGGGCAGUAAGUGUAUUGACGGGAGAAAUUAGGAAUGUCUACUGAAUUCUGGAGGGCUUUUGUACACACCUACUGCACAACCAUGAGGUGGUGGUUCUUUCAAUGAAAGCAGGAGACUUCUGAAUCCUGUACCAUCAAUCGGAUUCUGCAAAGUUUUCUGCACGCAUUAGAGGUCACAGUAUCUCAACUCCAAUCUCAACGCCACAUGCUCUGAAUCUAUUUACUUGAAUUGCACAUUAGGUAUGGGUAAGGGACAGCAACUGCUUAUGUAAAGUUUUAAAGAUGCUGAAAUGUUUCACUUAAGGGUGAAACAUAUUCACUCUUACUGCAGAAGGAAAAACCCUUAAUGUCUGAUCUGCCCAGAAUGCUGAGCAAGCAGCAGGAUUAGCACACUUUCAAGCUUCACUAUAGGUAAAUAUUUAGUGGAAGACAGACCAAACAGAAAGCACCCAUUUUCAAAUGCUUUUGUGGAAAGGACUCCACUGCACAUGUGAUUUUGAGGAGUUUAUUAAAGGAAAAGUGAAGCAUCAGUUUUAAAUUGUACAAAAGGAAAAAACCUCAAAUUGUAAAUGUACAAUUUACAGAAUUACUAGCAAAACCAAUCAAGGAGACACAUUUUUAAAAACCUAUUGACCGCAAACUGAACUGGAAACCCAUUGGAGGUAACUUACUUGUAAACAGCUUUUGUUUUACAGAAUUCUAUAAGGAUCAAUUAAAAUUCAGGUUUUCCAUAUGAAGGGCUGUGGAGCACAAGGUUUGUCUCUGAUGGAUUUAAACCAUCAACAGCUAUGCCACUCUGCCCACUAAACUGAAGUGCUACUGCACCAUUUGUGUCCACUGUUAUGGGAGAACUUGUACUUUGUCCUGAAGCACCAACUCGUGACUUUAGCAACUUUUCAAUUCCUAAACAACUGUCUUUCUUGAACUAUUAGAUGUUUUUGGCAACCAUAAUUUGAGUACUGUACAAUUUUUAGGAGGGGAAAUCCCAACUAAAUGAUUUGAUCUACAUGUUGUCUUUGUCUCCCAAAAGGCAAGUAAGCAUUGGAUGCACCUUGAAGUCAUUAAAAGGACCUUUAUGGGAGGUCAGAGUUAUUUUGCAACUGCUAUCAAAAACACCUCUGAAGCAGGUAUAUUAGAACUGGGUCAAUUUAGAUCUGCUUUAAAGCACACUAACAUUUAAACUCCAAAAAGAAGACUAGUUUGGCCUCAUUUUUACAAAUGCUCUUAUUAACAGGAGCUGUGCUCACCUCCGAGGAACAAAAUCAGUCCUUUAUAACUACAUUAGCAGCUACCAGGAAGAAUCAUAAUAUUGAAGCAGAGUGAAAGUCCAGAUCAUUGAAGACACUGAAAAUAUCUUAGAACAAAUAAUUAGCUGAUUGUUUUUUGGAUUGUUCUGCUUUUUAGAAAAUCAUUUAAUAAUUACUCUUAAUAAUGCACAGUUAACACUGAGAGCUGUAUUCCAUUGUAAGCUUAAGAACGUCACCAUCUAAGCACAAGUUUCUAUGCAGCACAUACAGUAAAUCUAACUGGCAAAAUUAAUUUACAAAAAUAGCACAAAAGGGUAUUUACGGCAUGGAAAGUUAGACACUUCUCUAUGGUACAGUUAAAAUUGCUUUGAAAAUGCAAGUGUGACUCCUGUCUCCCUCCUCCCACCACCCCGCCCAGUGAUUUGCGUUCCUCAGGAAAGUUGCUGCUUUUGUACCUCAGAUCUGACAGGGCAUGAAAUAGGUAGUAGAAACAGCAAAUAGAUUACUUUAGAACCACUGGUUUGUUUUUCUGAGAAUAUUUUAUUUGCUGGUAUAAGUUGCUAAAAAUGCACAGAACAAGUACCAAUAGAAAAUGUGCUGUUUGUGUGUUCCCCUAGUGCUAUAUAAAAUGAAUGUUACACAGCAUCUGUUGGAAAAGUGGCUUAUGGACAUCUCUUACUUUAUGCCCUAUUAUAAAUAAAAAAUAAAUCUUCUCAGAAGUAUAAAAUCUGGGGUUUUUUUUCUUUUCAGAAUCUGACUUUUUGGCAGAGAUGCAUACAUCUGACUUCUAGCCUCUUUUGUAAGAGUGUUCCACUCUCAAUGGUCAGAGAGGAUCCAGAAGUGUACCAUACUGCUAGUCACAUCCAGUGCGUUUAACAAUACUUCUCCAGCCAGGAUGGCCUGCUGAUAGCAUCACUGCUGGUCAAUGGCAGACAGGCAUAAAUUUAAUAAAAUGGCUAGCUUCUAAAACAUAAAAAGGCAAAUGUUAAAACAUUUUGAAGUUGUACAGCAGAAAAAUAAAGUUAAAAAGUUUUGUUUUCAUUCAAUGUUUUCUGAAAACGUGUAGAACAGUGUUUAACUGUUUUAAUUUAAAAGCUUCU